AUGACUGACACCAUUAGAAAGACAGAAAAAGAAAAGAAAAAUAGUUCUUUUAAAAAAGAAGUUAUUGAAAGAAUAGAAAGUUCAUUAGCAACAAGAAACCUAAAUAUAGAAGAUUUGGAAUUAAAUAAUCGUGGCUAUAAAGAAGAAAUCAACAGGAUUAAAAUUGAUGAUUCAGAUAAGUCGUUUGAAGAAAUAACUGGUAUUGAAAAAAGGGUGAAAACUGAUAUGGAGUUUAAAAGAAAAAUGCUGAGCAGGAAAAAUAGUAAGAGUGAAAGAGAACUCGAUGUUAAUAUGGAUAUAUAUGAAAAAGAAUCCGCUCAUGGCUUAAAAAGUAUAGGAAAAAAACUAAAGCAGAAAGCAGUAAAGGUAGUAAAAAGUCAUAGUAAUCCACAAGUUCUAGAAGCAAGUAGUGGCCAACAGCAGUGGGAAUAUGUUACUCAUCCAGAAGACUUGGCAAGAAAACAAAAAAUAAUCGAAUCACCAGUUCGAAGGUUAAAAGAAGAGUCCAAGAAGGUUGAGGCUGAUUACCAGAAACUGAUAGAUGAUAAAAAUAAGGAAAUAAAUCAACUAAAACAACAAAAUCAGGAUCUCGAAAAAAAAUUAUCUGGCUUAUUGCAAACUAAACAACAUGAAAUUAAAGAGAUAGAAAGUCAAAAAAAUAACGAGUUCAUAAAACAAUCUGCAAUAGAGAUACCAUUAACCUUAACUCCAGGAAAUAAAAAAACGAAUGACCUGCAACAAGUAGUGGUUAAAAACGUCAAAGUUGCAGAUUUAGAAGCAGAUAUAAGAAAUAAUCAGAACCGUUUAGAAAAAUUAGUUUCUUCUGCUAAGAAUGAAUUAAAAAGUAACAGCAUGAAUCCCCAAAAAGCCAAAACCAAAACUGACGAUUAUCAAUCUUACUUAGAUGAAUUUUUAAAAUUGCAAGAAUUAAUUACUAAUUCUGAAAAUAAUAGCGACCAAGAAAUUCCUAAGAAGUUAGGAGAGAUUCGCAAAAUUAAGGAGCAAGUGAUUAAAUUGGAAAUACAGAAACUUGCUAUGAUAAAAAACAGAGCAAAUCUCCUUCCUCUAGAAAAUUUUAGUGCUGAUUUUCAACCGCAAGUAUUAACUACUCAACGACAAAACUUAAAUACUGCUGAUUUUACUCAUGUUGUUUCUUUUAUUGAUGACUCUUCUUCAAAGCCUUUACCAUCCAGGCCAACGGAGGAAGAAAAUAACGCUCAACAGGAACAAAAUAAUCAAGAAGUUCAAAUCCAAAUACCACCUAAAAGCAAUAAUUAA